UGAAGAAGAAGAAAGAAAAAAAUUGGAUGGCACUGCUCCAAUCCAAUCUUCGUCUUCUUCAUCAUCAUCUCCAUCAUCAUCUCCAUUAAAGCUGCUUAAAAUGCGCAGCCUCACUCUGGGUCUGAGUCUCAGAUCCUCUUCCUCUUCUCUUCCUUUCACCUGCAACUUCCGCUUCUUCUCUCCUCCUUCUUCUUCUUCAUCUUCUUCCUUUAGACUCUACAGACGAUUCCAUUUCCUCAAGCCAUGUUCUUCCCUCAAGCAGACCAAGAAGAAGAAGCAAAAGUCUCUCCCGUCUACCGCCCCGCCUCCUCAGAGUUUUCGGUGGUUCUUCAAUCCCAAAUCCAGUGAUGAUAACGACGAAGACGAUGCCAAGUCCUCGGCGGCUGAGAGCGAUGACGGUGGCGGAUCGGACGGGGAUGCUGCUAUUAAGGGCACUAUCUUGGCCGGAUUAUUGUUGAUUGGUACUGUUGGUGGAUUCGCCGGCGUUGGAUAUGUCUAUAGGGAUCAGAUCAAUACGUUCCUCACUCAAUUCUCUACUUACAUCGAAGGCUAUGGUACAGCUGGAUACGCCCUGUUCAUUGCUGUGUAUGCUGGGCUUGAGAUACUAGCCAUUCCGGCUCUCCCAUUGACCAUGUCAGCUGGUCUUCUCUUUGGUCCUCUUGUUGGCACCAUCAUAGUUUCUAUUAGUGGAACAAUGGCUGCUAGUGUUGCUUUUCUAAUUGCCCGAUACUUUGCUCGUGAGCGCAUCCUUAAGUUAGUUGAGGACAACAAGAAGUUCCUUGCCAUUGAUAAAGCGAUUGGUGAAAAUGGGUUUAGAGUUGUUACUCUCCUUCGGCUUAGCCCUUUGCUUCCUUUCUCUCUUGGCAAUUAUCUAUACGGGUUGACAUCUGUGAAGUUUGUGCCUUAUGUAUUAGGAAGCUGGUUAGGUAUGCUUCCAGGGUCUUGGGCUUAUGUCAGCGCUGGGGCUUUCGGACGAGCAAUCAUUCAAGAAGAAUCUAAUGUUGGCUUGCCUGGAGGAAACGGCCAGCUUUUAACGCUGGGUCUGGGGCUGUUGGUUACUGCAUUGGCUGCAACAUAUGUGACACGCCUUGCAAAGGAUGCUAUAAAGGACAUGGAGGAGUAGAGAGAUGGUAAAGCAAGACGAAAAUACAAGCCAUCGAUUGGAUAAGGUUUUGACUCCCUAGAAUUUGUAAAACCUUAACAGAGUAUCAUGUACUACAGUUAAAUGUAUUACUUAGGAUGAGGUUAAUAUUGCACCAUUAUUGUUCAUAAUUGAUAUAUAAAUUUGAGUUUUGUA